AUGCAGCCUUAUGCUAAGUCAAGCCCGGUCGAUGUCAAUGCCACAGUACAGCACAGUGUCCUGAAUGGGAAGACGGCUAUUGUCACCGGAGGUGCAAAUGGCAUUGGAGAAGCCUACAGUAGGGCACUUAUUGAGGCAGGUGCGUUUGUUAUCGUCGCAGACCUGGAUGAAGUUGCGGGAGCCAACAUGGAAAAGCAAUUCUACGGGCGCACCAAAUUCGUUCGAUGUAAUGUCACAAACUGGAACGCCCAACUCGUUCUGUUCCAGAAAUCUAUUGCUGAAUCUCCUUCCGGCAUGAUCGAUAUUGUCAUCCCCAACGCUGGCAUCGACGGAGCCGACAGCGUCUUCUACACUGACGUUACGAAGGAACCUGAGAAACCGUCCUUGAACAUUCUCGACGUCAACUUGACAGGGGCGCUCUACACGAUAAAGUUAGCCCUGCAUCACUUCCGCAAGCAACAUGCGGAGGCCUCAGCAGGCGUAUCGGUGAGAAACCAUGACUUAAUAAUCCAAGGAAGCUUGGCCGGGUAUCUCGAUCUUCCCGGUGCCUUGGAGUACUCAGCAUCCAAGUUUGCUAUGCGAGGAAUCAUGAGAGACCUAAGAAGGACUGAAUGGCAACACAAUAUACGUGUGAAUUUUAUAGGGCCUUGGUUCGUUCGCACCAAUAUCCUCAACAAUGCUGUUCUGCAGCAUCUAGAAAACUCUGGGGUUGAAUUUGCCACUGUCAAUGACACCGCAGCAGCGAUGAUGAGAAUCCUCUGCAACUCAAGCAUCAUAGGUCGGUCCAUGGCCAUUGUACCACGAAGUGUUGCGUCGUGUGGCUACGUCUCUUUGGACGCCGACGACUUUGACGAAGGCUCCAUCCUGCGGCAAUUGCAGGAUUGGGUGGAAGUCGUCGAUAACCGAAGCAAGGUGAGUGCGUGA